AUGAAUUAUCAGAAGGUGUAUGGUAUUACCGGGCCUGUGUCCAUUGCUGGGCCUACUGCCGCAGAGAAUAAGCUGAACGAUGAGCUGAUCCAGGAGUUGAAGAAAGAGAACUCGUUCGAGUCCGAGCAAGAGACCGCCAACAGAGUUAAAGUGCUGAAAACGCUGCAGGAGUUGACAGAGAAGUUCGUGUACGAGGUCUCCAAGAAGAAGAAUAUGUCCGAUGGUAUGGCGCGUGACGCCGGUGGGAAGAUUUUCACCUACGGUUCCUACAGGCUCGGUGUGCAUGGUCCCGGCAGCGAUAUAGAUACAUUGGUCGUGGUGCCUAAACAUGUCACAAGAGAGGACUUCUUCACAGUGUUCGACGCGCUGCUGCGAGAACGUGAGGAGUUGGACGAGAUCGCCCCGGUUCCGGACGCCUUCGUGCCGAUCAUCAAGCUGAAAUUCAGCGGCAUAUCCAUCGAUUUAAUCUGCGCGAAACUGGAUAUCGCUCAAGUAAAACCUUCUUUGACCUUGGACGACAAAGCACUGUUGAGAAACUUGGACGAGAAGGAUUUGAGAGCACUGAACGGUACUAGAGUUACGGAUGAAAUAUUAGAACUGGUCCCAAAACCAAGUGUUUUCAGAAUAGCCCUUAGGGCGAUCAAAAUAUGGGCCCAAAGAAGAGCAAUAUACGCUAACGUGUUCGGUUUCCCAGGUGGUGUGGCAUGGGCUAUGCUCGUCGCAAGAAUAUGUCAACUAUAUCCAAAUGCUUGUAGCGCCGUGAUACUGAACAGAUUCUUCAAAAUUCUUUCAGAAUGGAAGUGGCCGCAGCCUGUUAUCCUGAAGCCAAUAGAAGAUGGUCCUUUGCAAGUACGUGUAUGGAAUCCAAAAAUUUAUGCGCAGGAUAGAUCUCAUCGUAUGCCAGUUAUCACACCAGCUUACCCAUCAAUGUGUGCUACACAUAAUAUAACAGAGUCUACGAAAGCCGUUAUCUUGAAAGAACUGAACAGGGGUAUCCAGGUUACUAAUGAUAUUUUUGCAUAUAAAAAGACGUGGGCGGACCUCUUCACGAAACAUGAUUUCUUCUUUCAGUAUAAAUAUUAUUUAACUAUAACAGCUGCUACUAGAGGCGAUGAUGAAGAACAUUUGAAGUGGAGCGGUCUUGUGGAAAGUAAGUUGAGAUUACUGACUUUAAAAUUGGAAACGAUUCCGGGCAUUAAACUAGCACACCCUUUUUUUAAACCUUUUGAGGCAGCGUAUUGUUACACAGAUGACCAAGAUGCUAAGACAAUAUUAAACAACCACGGUUCACACAUUACAGAAAAGGCACUCGAAAAAUUCACAAAAGUUACUGAUGAAAAUAAGGAUGAUGAAGAUGUUAAGAGUAAGAAAAAGGUACAUAUAACAACAAUGUACGUUGGUUUAGGAGUGUCUGUGGAAAACAAGAAGGAAAAGAUCGAUAUGCACAUUCCUUGUGGUGAAUUUUUCAAUCUUUGUAGAAAUUUCCACGAAUCAUAUCAAAACCCGGAAGUCUAUUCAUUGGUUAUCAGAUAUCUCAAGUCUUAUGAACUUCCAGAUGAUGUCUUUGGUGAAGAUGAACAAAGGCCGACAAAAAAAUUGAGCAAGAAGAGAAAAGAAGCCAAAUAUGACGAAGAAGCGGCUAAAAGAUCAAAAGCUGAGACAAUAAGUAAAUCAGCAGUAAGUGAAGCUACUACUGUUUCUUCUGCCUGA